GUAAGUGGAGGGAAGAAGAAGUAAUAAAGGCUGAUAUUAUGCAUUUUUGUUCACUUGAGGUGAAUUUUAAUGCAGGUCAGGCUGCAUAAUCUCUUGCCAGCUGUUUAAUUCAAAAUUCUAUUCAUCUGCAACACAUAAUUACCCAGCUGAAACUCUCUACUGGAAUAAAAAAAAAACCAUAAUACAAUAAUUUGCUAAAAAAUCUCUACGAUAACAAAGCCUUAGCAUAGUAUGACUGCUGCUGCUGCCUCUUUGCACUGUACUUAAUUCUAUUUCUCUGUUGUGAUGUCAUGCCUGGCUUGUGUGUGUGUGUGUCCUUCUGGCUGCUGUAGUCUUUUUGUCAUGCAUAGGCAAUGUUGAAUAUCAAGAUGCAAACAGAUCUCAAAGAAUAGCUCGAGGUCACUCCUUCCCAAAUUCUUGCUCUCUCUAUCCAUCUGCUCUCGUGGGCUUUUUUCUUCUCUCUCAACAUAUAUUACUGAUCAGGAAACUGUGAGAAAUGAACAGUGAGUGAAAGAGAGAGUGGGAGAAAAGAGCGCAAGAUCCAUUUGGGAGAGUGGGAGUAGAGUGUAGAAAAGAGCUGAGCGGAGAGGAUCAGAGUACCCUGACUUUGUAGCGAGAGCUCAGCAGCGCGUGGAGAGUUGAAUCGUGACGUGGUAGAAUGAGGAGUUUCUUCCGAUGUGAUCAGUCUCCAGUACACGCUCAGAAGCGCUCCCUCAUGCACACAUUGUGACAUCUCUUCUAACCAAUACUGAUCUUCUGUAGAGAGCACUGGGUCAUGCCUGCCUACUGGAAAGCAAUUAUAUCUGUCUACUAUCUCUACAACUGCUUCUGUCAGCUUCUGGGCUGAAAAGGACGGGAAUUACCUGGAGAAACUUUAAAGAGGGGAAACCCCCUUAGUACCUGCUGUGAGGAGAUUUUAGGACAUCUUGAGCUCCCCCUCAUUGCGUUAAGCCUGCCCAUUGUAUUUUACCGGCACCAUGCAGGUCUCUUUUGUGUGCACAGACCACCGGGCUGUAAGCCGUAGUACAGAGGAUCGGUUGAAUCGGCAGAAUGCCAGUAGCCCCAGCCUGGGCACCAAGAAUAAGUUUCGCACUGUGGCCAUGGUGGCACGCAGCCUGGGCCAGCUCUCUGUGCAAAACCUUCCUUCAUCCAGUGAACACUACGUCCGGAACGGCAUGAAAUAUAGAAACCUUGGAAAGUCUGGCUUACGGGUGUCAUGUCUAGGGCUGGGCACAUGGGUAACCUUUGGAGGUCAAAUCACAGAUGAGAUAGCAGAGCAGUUAAUGACGCUGGCAUAUGAAAAUGGGAUCAACCUGUUUGACACAGCUGAGGUGUAUGCUGCGGGCAAGGCCGAAGUAGUUCUUGGCAGUAUCAUAAAGAAGAAAGGAUGGAGACGCUCCAGUUUGGUUAUUACCACCAAGAUCUACUGGGGUGGAAAAGCAGAAACAGAAAGAGGAUUGUCAAGAAAGCAUAUAAUAGAGGGUCUGAAAGCAUCUUUGGAGAGACUGCAGCUAGAAUAUGUUGAUGUAGUAUUUGCUAAUAGACCGGAUCCCAACACACCGAUGGAAGGAAAUCCAUUUAGCACCUCAAAAACAAGAACAUUCAUCAUAGAAGAGACGGUCCGAGCCAUGACCCAUGUGAUUAACCAAGGAAUGGCCAUGUACUGGGGCACAUCUCGCUGGAGCUCAAUGGAGAUCAUGGAAGCAUACUCGGUGGCACGGCAGUUUAACCUUAUCCCCCCAAUCUGUGAGCAGGCUGAGUACCACAUGUUCCAGAGGGAGAAAGUAGAGGUUCAGCUGCCUGAGCUUUUCCACAAGAUAGGUGUGGGUGCCAUGACAUGGUCCCCUCUGGCUUGUGGGAUAAUCUCAGGGAAGUAUGAUAGCGGCGUGCCCCCGUCCUCACGUGCCUCUCUGAAGGGCUACCAGUGGUUGAAGGACAAGAUCCUGAGUGAGGAAGGCCGGCGUCAGCAGGCGAAGCUGAAAGAGCUGCAGGCCAUCGCAGAGCGGCUCAGCUGCACGCUACCCCAGCUGGCCAUUGCGUGGUGUCUAAGGAACGAGGGAGUGAGCUCUGUGCUGCUAGGUGCAUCCAGCAGCGAUCAACUCAUGGAGAACAUAGGAGCCAUCCAGGUUCUAUCAAAGUUGUCAUCCUCAAUCAUUCAUGAGGUGGAUAGUAUUCUAGGAAACAAGCCAUACAGUAAAAAGGACUACAGGUCCUAAAGGGACGCUUUCUCUGCUGACUGUCCUUUUGCUCCUACAUCUGCUUGAGCUUUAACUGAAUGAGACUUUGGCUCAUGGGACCGGACCUGGCACAGUUGCAGUUUGUGCUGGAGAUACCAAGUCACACUAAGUCUACUGACUCAACUAAGAAGAAUUAAAUGUCUUCAGAAUUGCAAAGGGAGGAACAAUCAUCGACAAAAUCAGCUGGACCAGCUCGACAAGCAGAACGCUCCUUUAACUCACAGAGGCUCCUCUGAAAUAUGCUUUUUCCCUUUUAGGAAUGUUCUAGUAGGAUAGAUAGGAUUCCAGAGAAAGUCUGUAGGUAUUCUAUAAAUUGCAUGUGAUUCACAGGCCUAGACACAUGCUUUUUGUCCUUUCUCUUGGAAAUAUAACCAUUUUAAAAAUGCUUUUAGAAAAUAGUUAGAAUACUGUAUCAUUUCUAAGAGCAUUGGUUGUGUAUUUCAGCCACUGGUAAAUUUGUAGGGGAAUUAAACAGUGCAUUUGUGAAGGACAGUUAAGUAGAAAUUUCAUGCCUUUCACCUUUUGUUCUUCAGUGUCUCUAAAUGGAGGUGGAGGUUGGAUACUUUUCUCAUACAUAGACUAAAGCUUAACCUUAACAGCUGUAGUGAUGCCACAUCCUUUUUACAUCCAUUAGAGAUUCCUAAACUUUGGAUCAUGUGAGUAGAACAGUUUUUAAAUUAGUCAGAUUGAAAUAAAGAUUUAAGAUUAGCAUAUAACUAUCACAAUUUAUUUCUUAACUAGCUUGACAAGUAGCUCUAGUGGAAACAGCAAAAAGACUGGACAGUAACUGCAUUCUGUGUAGUUAGGAUGCAAGUGAACAUCUUAAAUAUUACUACAUGCACAUUUCUCGGAGUUCACUGAGGGAACGCCAAAGAAUUCUUAUUAUGUAUCUAUUCUCCUCUAUUUCACUCUUAUUCUUACAUAUUGGAAGCACAAAUACACCCAAAUAGGGAUGCUUAUUUAGCAGGGACAUACAAUAUAAAAAUACUCUUUUAUUAAUAUUAGGUCUAAUAUACAGAAAAAUAUUAAGUAUAAUGAAUCUUUUGUAUUAUUAAUUAAUUCCUUGUCUGAUUUGCCUUAAUGCUCAAAAUUUAAAGUAAUUUUAUGUUUUAAAUUUCUCAUUAAAUAUAUCACAUAUUUCGCAUAUGAAUUUCAAAUAUCAAAUAUUUCACAUAUGAAUAUAUCAAACAUAGAUUUAUAACAAACCUUUCUACUGUGUUUAUGGAUUGGGCUUUUUGGGACUGGUAGUGUUUAUGCUUGUCUUUUCAUUUUGAAAGAUAAGGCUGAAGCACACUUAGAAAAAUGUUUUCAUGAGGUUCUCAUUGAUUUUCUGAUUGAUUUUUACUCCAACAAUAAUGUUUACAUAUUGGAGUUGCUUGUUUUUUUUCUGGUUGAAUAUUUCAAGUUUUGUUUGUAUGGCCAGUGGCUCCCUCUGCUGAGCAGUGACGCUCUUUAAUGAAGCCAUAAACCUACAGCACCACCAAAACCACUCACCAAACAUGCAUGAAAACAGGCCCAUGUACUUGUAUGUGUACAGUCCAAAUUAAGUCCCGCACAAUAACAUCUGCUGAUUUAUUAUCACUUAAAUAUUAUACUUUUUGCAUCAUAUACCAUUAUGCGCAUCUUGUAUACAACUGAAAAGUGAAUUAGAGCUCAUUAGAGCCUCACUGUGAAGGAUCAGUUUCUAUUUUAUAUUUGACUGCUAAUAGAUUACAGUGAAGCCCAAAUUAAGUGGCUGAAGGUUAUAACCCCCCCACCU